AUGAUUAUACUACUGAUAAUAUUAAAUAUUAGUAGUAGUAGUAGUAGUAGUAAUAAUAAUACAGCAAGUUUAUUAAUGAUACAAAGAUCUAUACGACGUAAUCGUCAGUAUACAUGUAAAAGUCGUGGUACAACAAUUGGUAGUAAAUCUGGCAUUGUAGUCUGUCGAGUGGAUAAAUCUCAUCGUAAUCAAUGUAGAGCAUGUCGAUUAACUAAAUGUCUUGAAGUUGGCAUGAAUAAAGAUGCUGUUCAACAUGAACGUGGACCAAGAAAUUCUACAUUACGACGACAAGUUGCAUUAUUUAUGACUAAUGAUCAUCAAACUUUAAAUAAAUCACAUACACAUCGUCAAUCUAAUUCAUUAUAUCAUCAAUAUCCAUUGCCAUAUCAACAAUUAACUCAAUCAUCUAUGCCAUAUUCACAAAUACCAAUAACAACACAAUUAAUACAUCCAAAUCCUUUAUUGGAUAUGACACUAGGUCAUUCAAUGCAUACAAAUAACAUUAUGAAUGAUAAAGAUAAUGAACAACAAUCAUCAGAAAAUUCUUUAUCCAUAAAUAAUAUAUUAAAUUUUACAAAUCCAACUUUUCUAUCCUUAAAAGAUUUCUAUGAAAAAUUACAUAAUCAUCUUCAUAAUAAUAAUAAUAAUGAACAAAUGAAAUUUGUUGCCAUGGAUGCAAUGAAAACAUCAUAUAUUUUAAAAAAUUUUGAAAUUUUUCAAAAAUAUAUUAAUUUAAAUAAUAAUAAUAAUAAUAAUAAUAAUAAUAAUCAUAUUGAUAUUAAAACAACAUGGAAUAAAGCAUUAACAUUUGCUAAAUUAUGUUUACCUGAUUUAUUUACAUAUUCAAAUGUAUAUAAUCAUAAUAAUCAUAAUAUUGAUUAUCAAUAUAUUGAUUAUACAAAAUCAUUAUUAUAUUUUCAAUCAAUAUUAAAAUCAACCAAUCAAAUUUAUGAUGAAAAAUCAAUAAUAUGGCCUUGGUUUCUAUCAAAUUAUAAUCAAUUCACUGAUUCAUUAUUACAAUCAACUUGUAUGAAUAAUAAUAAUAAUACUGAUCUGAAACAGAAUCAUCAUAAUGAUAUAAUUGAUCUCAAUAAUCAUAAUGAUCAUUUAAAUUUAAUUCAGAAUUGUACUACUGAUUCAGGGAAUAAAAUGACUAAUUUAUUAUUACCUACAAUUCCAAUAAUGACAUCAACAAUAACUACCAUGGUAACAUCGAGUCCAAUUAAUUUUCCUCAAUUAUCACCUGAUUAUUUUUCAUUAUUAAAUUUAUCACAAACUAUGAUGAUGAAUAUAAAUGAUAAAUAUAAGAAUUGUUUAAAUACAUGGUUUUUAGAUGAAAAUCAAUCAGUGGAGAAGAAAUGUGAUUUAGUACAUCAAAAGGAAAAUCAACAACAUUGUCAACCAUUACCUCCAUCCUAUUCAGAAGCAAUCAAAAAUCAAAUCAAUGUAUCAAAUGGUUUAUUAUUAUUAUCAUCAUCAUCAUCAUCAACAAUGAAUGAUUUAAAUAAAACAAUAUUGGAUACAACAACUAUUGAAUGUUCAAUGUCUAAUCGAUCCAAUGAUAAUAAUAAUAAUAAUCCGUACUAUGCAUAUUCCUCAUCAUCCUCAUCAAUUCCUUCUUCACCUAUUCUUAAUGGAUUCUUACCAUUUACAUCAUUCUCUUCUAUGCCUUCAAUAUCUCAUUGUAAUAGUUUUCCAUUGAUUCAUUCAUAUAAUUUAUCCACAUCAAUAUCAUCGUCAUCAUCGUUGACGACAACAACGUUAUCUUCACCACCGUUGACAGUCACAUCAACAUCAACAGUCCCAUCAAUAUCAUCACAGAAUAUUUCAUUACCAUUGAAUAUUAUUCAAUUUUAUUUAAGUCAAUUAUUAUAUCAACUGAUUAAUUGGUUAUGUCAAUGUAGACCAGAUAUAAAAAUGAUAAAAUAUUUUAAUUAUUCUAUUAAUAAAUAUAAUAUGAUACAAUUAAUGUGUCAACAAUGGGAUUAUUUAUAUGGUUUUACAUUAUUUUUAGAAUUUUAUAAAAUGUCAUUAGAUGGUACCAUGACUACUACUAGUACUACUAGUACUACUAGUACUACUAGUACUACUACUACUGCUAUCAAUACUACUACUAAUGAUAAUAAUAAUAGUAGUAGUGAUAGAGAUGAAGCCAAUGAUCAAUCAAUUAUUUUUAACAAAAUGCAUUAUUUAUGGUUAGAAUUUGUAUGUAAACCAUUAGUUACUUCAUGGAGUAAUGGAAUGAAAUUAGAUACUGAUUUAUUCACUAAUUUAUCAGAAUGUAAUUUAAUUACUCAAUUAUUUACUCAAUUAAUUAUAUUAAAAUUAAAUGAUGAAGAAAUUGAUUGGUUAAAAAUGAUGAUCUUAUUUAAUUCAACAACAGAUCAUUUUCGGAUUGAUUCAUUUGAAUUACCACAAAAUUAUUUAUUUAAAUAUUAUCAAAUUAUUUCUAAAAAUUUAAAUGAUCCAUUACGUUAUAAACAAUUAAUGACUCUUAUUCAAACAAUUUAUUUAUGUAUUAAUUUAAAAUUUAAUUUAUCUAAUAUAUGGAUUAAAUAUUAUAUACAAUAUAUAUUUCAAUUAAAUAAUGAAAAAUUUAAUUCAUUAAUUAAAUCUAUGUUAAUAACAGCUAUAGAUACUACUGAUAUGUUAAUAAGUAGUAAUAAUAACAGUAAUAAUUAAUUAAUCAAUUAAAUAUCGAUUAUUAUGAUUAUUUAAUUGCACUUAGAAACAAUAAACAGACAACUAAAAAAAUAGUCUCUAUUGAUUAUUAUUCAAGUUCCAUUCAAAAAAAAAAUGUAUACAUAUUGAAUGAUAUGUUGGUGUUACUCUCAAAUCCUCCCUUCCCCCAUGCAACACACACAUCCACGUAUAUAUUUAUUCACUUUAUUUAAAUGAUGUUAGCAAUAAUUAAGAUGUUUUUUUUUUUUUAAAUCUUAACUAUGCAUAUACUUUUUAAUUCGUUGAAAAAAUUUCAUCGACUUUUUUAAAAAAAAAUUCUAGUUCAAUGAUCUCUUUAAAUGAAUACAUAAAUAAGUUCAGGAGUUUAAAAGUUACAUAUAUAUAAGUACACACAUACACAUUUAUAUACACACACACACACUUUUACACACCUACACACACACACUAAUAUGCACUCGAGAAAAGGAAACAGAUGAAAAAAAAAUCAUAAUUUUCGGGGUUUUCUUUUUUUUUUUUUUAAAAAAAAUUUUAAUUCCUCUAUUUUUUGUUGUUUUUUUUCACCUUAUUUUAUUACAAGACAAAAACAAACUUUCUCUUUAGUUCUUACGAAUUGUAGUACAAGUUUUAUUUUACCAAAGAUAAUUUAACUCUAAAGAGAAGACGUUUUAAACGAGAAAAAACUAUGAAGCUUCUUCAUGUAAUGAUGUUAUGAUAGAAAAAUUUUCGACUUUCUGAAUUAUAUUACUUAUAUUGAUAUUAAUAAGUAGUAUCAAUGAGUACUAUACAUAAUUAUAUAUAAUAAUGAAUUACUAUUAGUUGUUUCAUUAAUCAAUCAACUAAUAGAUGAGUAGGAUAUAAAAAGAAUAAUAGAUGAACACAUAUAUAUGUGGAUUGAUUUAUGCACAAAUAUACAUAUACAUUGUCACUUAUGAUAUUUUAAUGAAAUUACAGGGUUACAUUCAAAGAUACAACAUAUAUACCCUUUUUUUAUAUACCCUACCAUAUAUAUAUAUAUAAAACAAACCGAGUAUAACACCAACCUACUCAAAAACUUUUGUUUCUUUAUUAUUGAUUUUUUCUUUCUUUUUUGUUUUCUUCACCCAAUUUUUUUUUGUUGCUAUGCAAUUUGCACUUGAUAAUCCCUAAUACUACUAUUAUUAUUAUUAUUAUUAUUAU